AUGAGUUUUAUUCCUCUAGGUCCUGGCUACCAAGACACAAUAGAUUCCUUUAUUUCGACAUGGGCGAUCGGUUACAUACCAAGUAGCGAUCUUGAUGUGGUUGUGGUCACCUUUGAUGGAAGAGGUACGGGAUUCAGAGGAGACAAAAUCAGAAAUAUGGUUUACAAUCGUUUGGGAGAAUAUGAACCAUUGGAUCAAAUCGAAGCAACUCGACAAAUUACAGAAAAAUAUAACUUUAUAGAUUCUAGCAAGGUUGCAAUGUGGGGAAGAUCUUACGGAGGAUAUAUAACCGCAAGAACAAUGUCAGAGGACGAAAAUAUUUUGUUUAGAUGUGGAUUAUCAGUUGCUCCUGUAACUGACUGGAUGACAUAUCAUAACUUUUACACUGAACGAUAUAUGGGCUUGCCCAAGGAAAAUGGAAUAGGAUACAAUAAAUCAACAGUGUUUCAGAAACUUCACAACAUCGGAAAACAUUAUUUUGUACUGAUACAUGGGACAAGCGAUGAAAAUGUUCACUUUUUGCAUUCUGCAAGACUUUCAAAGGCGCUAAUCGACGAAGACAUUGAUUUUUCAGCAUAUUUUGCUGGCGACGAACCUCACCGUUUUGACAGAGGUGCAAAUGCAUACGGUCAUCACUACAAGUUGUUAACACAUCAUUUAAAAAGUUGUUUCGAAUUAUAACUGAUUUGAGUAAUUUUUGUAAAAGGUUGACCCAAACAAAUUGUUUUCGAUUUUACGUAUUGACCUAUCGUUUUGAUUUAUUUCACCUGGACACGAAGAAAAUUUCUGAUAUACUCUCAAUAAUUUGUUGCUAUUAUAGUUGUUUGCUGUGACAAAAAUGACUUAUUCUUCCAUUACUGGGCCAAUUUGAAUAGCCUGAAAAUGUUUAAA